AUGGCGUUCAGUCUCUGGACUUUGGCCGUGAGCGCGGUCGCGGUCGCCAUACUCUCAUUCGCAGUGCCGUUGCUGCUGGCCGAACUCUUUCCUUGGAGAACGCUCUGGAUUCAGCGUACCAGCAGACCGUCGGUGACAACCAAGUCGUACAAAGGCAGAACAGCACUUGUGACAGGAGCGCGCGGAGCAUUUGGCUCACGAGCGGCGAAGGCGUUCGCCUCGCGCGAGAUCGAAACGCUUGUCCUCGUCGACGUCCAGGACUGUACGGGCUUGAAGGACGAGAUUGAGGGCGAACUCGCCACAGCUGGAAAGCUAAAGCCAACGAUUCUGGUCUGGCGGAUCGACUUCAUGACUUUCGCCGGGUGCAAGGAGCUGGGCGAGAAAGCACGUGAGCUGAAGGCUCUCGAUCAUGCGCUGAUGACCAUGGGAAUGCUAUCGUUCAACCGCCGCGAGUCGCCGGAAGGGUGGGAAACGUCCAUUCAAGUCAACUUCCUCUCCACUGCGCUGGCCGCACUGUUCCUGCUUCCCGUGCUGAAGUCGUCAGCCGCCAACCCCAAUCCACCAGUGCUGACCUUCGUCACUACCUUUGGGAUCUACCCAGCCUCUGCGACUAUGUCUGUACCUAAGAAGGGUCCAUACACCAAGCAUCUCAGCAACAACAAAGACGGCAUGCAGCAAGCCCAUCAGUACGGGCGGUCGAAGGGUCUACUGCUCUACUUUGCGCGGGAACUGGCAUCUCGAACCGCACGCACGAACGGCCUGCGGCAGGUAACCAUCAACAGCGCUGAUCCCGGAACAGCAUGGACAGGUCUCACAGGACCCAAUCGUGCCCAACUCAUCCCCAGGCUCAUCACGGACUUCGCAGCACGAGAUCCGCAGUACUGCGCGAAUGCGCUUGUCAAUGGUGUCUCAGCAGGUCCGGACAGCCACGGCAAAAUCGUGAUGGACUAUCACGUGGAGGGGAGCUUUCCGCCUUUCAUGGAGAGGGCCAGUGGACGUGUGGCGCAGCAGCGGGCGUGGGAAGAGGCGAGGGUUGAGUUUGAGGAGAAGGUGCCGGAAGUGAGGGCUGUUUACGAGAUGCUGGAGAAAUGA